AUGGAUGGAGAAGAUAUUGACGGUUCUGAGACUUCCCGCAAAUGGCCGGCUCCGAUUAGACUCGGCCAUACGAUACCAGAGGGGGAUGUACAUGUGAGUGAUCUCAACCCCCUCUUUCUCCAGGGAUUUAUAUUUAUGGUGUAUCAGGCCGUGAGCGUUUCAUUGCCAACAUGGGAAGCUAGUUUAGGAUGGGCGACCCGCAAGCCAGAUGUGAUCAACAAAAUGAAAUCCGGAUAUCCACGGUUCUUUAUUCAUCCAAUGAUCACACACCUUGCUUCCUUGGUGGUUAAGAAAUACGGGGUUGAAUCAUCAACCCUUCUUGCGAUGCUCUUUCCAACCAGUGAUGUAGCGGAGAGAUGCGCGGCUUACAUAUCAAAGUACCACCAGGAUCCCCAGUUGCAGACUAUGCAUGUCGUCCCCAAAUGGGAGAGCACUCUCACUGGCAAAUGGACUAGUAUACAUGCUGUUUUGUUCAGCCCCGAGAAUUUCCCCUAUGCCAAAAAGUUCUGGCAGCAUACCGGAGAAGGUAUCUCGAGUCGUCGAGCUGAACUCUGUCUAUCUCUGAUUACUGCAGGCGGCAUGGAAAGAGUAGAUGGCGGUACACACCAGCCCAGCGAUAACGCGGAUAAAGUAAGGAAGGAUCUCGAAGCCGUCAACGGCAAUGGUAACCUGGGGACCGGUGAAAAGACAACUUCUACCUCGUUAGAUCAUGGAAAAGAAGCGUGGAAAGAGAAGGCCACUAUCUGUCAGCGUGUAGCGCAUCUGGCAUCGAACGAGUCCGUGAUAGUUUCCUCUUCAGAUGUCUUUCUAUAUCCUGCAGGGAUGAAGGCCAUCUUUGACAUUUACCGUGCAUUGCUUAUUGCUUUUCCAUCCCAUAAGAAAACUAUUUGCUAUGGAUUUGGAUAUGUCGACACAUUCAAAAUUCUCUCGACCUUUGGACCACAGGACGCAAUAUUAUACGGCCAUGGUACCGUCGCGGAACUCGACGAGCUAGAAGCUUUAUUAGAGAGCGGGACUACGAUAUUGACCUUGUUUUGCGAAGUUCCUACAAAUCCCUUACUUAAGUCGCCGGAUCUUAAACGAAUUCGCAAGCUAGCAGAUCGAUACGACUUCGUGGUGGUAUGUGACGAUACGAUCGGGACAUCCGCGAACUGCGACCUCAUACCGUAUGUUGAUGUGAUUGUCACGAGUUUGACGAAGCUGUUUAGUGGAGGAUGUAAUGUCAUGGGUGGGACAGCAACUGUCAAUCCGCGGUCUAAGCAACAUGAUGCAAUUCGCGAGGCAUUGGAUGCAAUAUUUGUGGACACAUACUUCCCUUCCGAUGCCAUUAUCAUGGAACGCAAUAGCCACAACUAUGCCCAGCGUGUCAAAGCCACCAACAGAAAUGCCCAACUGAUGGCCGAGCUUCUACACAAUCAUCCAAGUACUGAGCAAGUCUUUUAUCCAUCAUUGAGUAGAACCAAACAGAAUUUUGACCAGUGUCGAAGGCCAGAUGGUGGUUAUGGGUAUCUUCUAGCCAUAAAAUUCAAGAGGAUUACAGAUGCGAUAACAUUUCAUGAUCGCUUGGAUGUUGCUAAAGGACCGACUCUAGGGACCAAUUUUACAAUUGCGUGUGCUUACACUAUAUUCGCUCAUUAUAAUGAACUGCAAUGGGCCGCACAAUAUGGCGUAGAGGAAUAUCUAGUCCGCGUAAGCGUUGGCAUGGAGCCAACUGCAAUGCUGCUGGAUGUUGUGAAGCGGGCUUUGAAAUAUACUGAGGUCUCUAUAGACGGGUAG